AUACUCACCGUAUAUUAAUACCCCAUCUUGCUCCAAUGCACUCUUUCCCCAUCUUUCUAAUUUCUCAUUAUUGUCAUCAUAAACUUUAGUCUCUGCACCAUUAACAAGAAAAAAGAAAAGAUUUUGACAGAAAUUUUAGCCAAAAUGACUAUGAUAAGUGAAGAACACAAGAAGGAAAAGUUGGGUUUUGAGGAAACUGAGCUGCGUUUAGGAUUACCUGGCGGAGGAGGGAUUGUUAAUGAAGAUUUGGUUAAGAAUACUAAUGCAAAUGGUAAAAGAUGGUACACAGAAACUGUGGAUUUGAAGCUCAAUUUUGCUCUGAAGGAGACUGAGAAAGGGGAGAACUUGCAGGAAGAAAAGAAUCUCAUUUCUUGCUCUAAUGAUUCAGUCAAGCCACCUCCCAAGGCACAGGUUGUAGGGUGGCCACCAGUUAGAUCGUUCAGGAAGAAUAUUAUGGCUGUUCAAAAGAGCAGCUCCGAGGAGGGAGGUGGUGGCGCCGCCACCUUUGUAAAGGUUAGCAUGGAUGGUGCACCUUACCUUCGCAAAGUUGAUUUGAACAUGUACAAAAGCUACCAAGAUCUUUAUGGAGCCUUAGGCAAAAUGUUCAGUUCCUUUACUAUGGGUAUAUGUGAUUCUCAAGGAAUGAUAGAUUUCAUGAAUGAGAGCAAGCUUAUGGAUCUUUUGAAUGGUUCUGAUUUUGUUCCAACUUAUGAAGACGAAGAUGGUGAUUGGAUGCUUGUUGGGGAUGUCCCGUGGGAGAUGUUUGUUGGAUCAUGCAAGCGCCUCCGCAUAGUGAAAGGAACAGAGGCAAUAGGACUCGCUCCUAGAGCCGUGGAGAAAUGCAAGAACAGAAGCUAAAGUAGUGAAUUGCAGCAAAGCCUGCUCUUUUGUUCUCUGUGGUCCAAAGGCAAAAGGCACAAACGCAGGAGAAUGUUGGAUUAUGUUUUUCUUAUAUAUCAUAUGGUUUGUUGUAAUUUAUUGUUAAUCAACAGUGCUGAAAGUUUCUAAGUAUUCAUUAUUAUGGACAUAAACAAUAAAUAUAUUUGUGCUUAAGACUAUUUGACUAGCUUGUUUAUCACCAA